AUGACCCCGGUUACUUUCCUAAGCACCACGCACAGUUUCCUUUUUGGAGCGCUGGCCGAAUUGCUGGACAAUGCAAGAGAUGCAGGGGCUGCAAGACUUGAUGUAUUUUCAGUGGAUAAUGAAAAACUGCAGGGUGGAUUCAUGUUGUGCUUCCUGGAUGAUGGAUGUGGUAUGAAUCCUGAGGAAGCUUCAGAAAUCAUUUACUUUGGAACAUCCAAGAAACGGUCAUCAGCCUUGAAGUUUAUUGGGCAAUAUGGUAAUGGUCUCAAAAGUGGAUCCAUGAGGAUUGGGAAAGACUUUAUUCUUUUUACCAAGAAGGAAGAAACAAUGACAUGCGUGUUUUUUUCUCAGACAUUCUGUGAAAGAGAAGGUCUUACUGAGGUUGUAGUUCCAAUACCUUCAUGGUUAACAAGAACCAGAAAAUCUGUCACAGAUGAUCCUCAAAAACUAUCAACGGAAUUGUCUAUAAUUUUUAAGUACUCUCCAUUUAGAAAUGAAGCUGAACUGAUGCAGCAGUUUGAUAUGAUCUAUGGGAAAUGUGGUACUUUGCUGGUUAUUUAUAACUUGAAGCUUUUGCUUAGCGGAGAACCAGAGUUGGAUAUUAAGACCGACAAGGAAGAUAUACUAAUGGCUGGAGCUCUUGAGGAUUUUCCAGAGAGAUGGUCAUUCAGAGCCUACACGUCUAUUCUGUAUUUUGAACCUUGGAUGAGAAUAUUCAUUCAGGCCAAAAGAGUUAAAACAAAACAUCUAUGUUACUGCCUCUACAGACCCAGAAAGUAUCUGUAUGUCACAUCUUCUUUUAAAGGAGCAUUUAAAAAUGAAGUUAAGAAGGCAGAAGAAGCUGUCAAAAUUGCCGAAGUCAUAUUGAAGGAGGCACAAAUCACAGUAAAGCAGCCUGACAGGACUUCUUUGUCUUCUGCCGAGGACAUAUUACAGAAAGCUUUGGAUGAUGUAGAAGUGAAGCGUAAGAUUCUUAAAGAGAAACAGAGAGAAUUAAAAAAAGCAAGGACACUCUGCUUGUUCUUUGGAGUGAACAUAGAAAAUCGAAGCCAAGCUGGGAUGUUCAUUUACAGUAAUAGCCGCCUGAUCAAAAUGCAUGAGAAAGUGGGUCCACAGUUGAAACUGAAGUCCUUACUUGGUGCAGGUGUGGUUGGAAUUGUUAAUAUACCCUUGGAGAUCAUGGAGCCAUCCCAUAAUAAGCAGGAAUUUCUCAAUGUCCGAGAGUAUAAUCAUCUUCUAAGAGUCAUGGGACAGUACUUAGUCCAGUACUGUAAGGACACUGGGAUCAGUAAUAGAAAUCUGACAUUGUUUUGGAAUGAAUUUGGAUACCAGAAUGACAAGGACAAGGAGAAAUCGUUAGAUUCUGUUCAGUAUCAAAGACGACAAGCCAUGGCCAUCCCAUUCAUCAUUCAGUGUGAUCUUUGCCUUAAAUGGAGAGUCUUGCCUUCUUCUGUUACUUAUCAGGAAAAAGAAUUUUUUGACCUCUGGAUUUGUGCUAAUAAUCCUAACCUCUUGGAAAACAGUUGUCAUCAGGCUGAACGCCUUCCUUCCAUCCCUCUGGGCACCACGAGCUCCAUGUCACCAUCGAAAACCGAGAAAGAGAAACACCUUCAAGAGGUGGUCCAAAGGUAUCAAAAUCGACUGGCAGAUGCACAGCUACAGCCUCAGUUUAUACCAAAUAGGAUCACCGAGUCUACUACUACCUGCGGAUCUUCAACAUGUAAGGAAAACACAAUAACUCAGAAAGUCAGGCCCAGGGGCGAUGACUUGAAGCAGGGGUCCCUUGCCUCCUUUGAGCUUCGUGUCAGCCACAGAGGCUGGAAGAGAAACACAGAAGGGACAGACUCUGAUGUGGAAUGUAUUACAGACACUAAAAUUAUGAAGAAGUCUCCACAGAAGAAAGCAAAGCCUCAGCAGCCCAGACGUCCAGCCACCCUGCCAGAAAACGUCAGCCCAGUCCAGAGGUCCCAGGCCUCUUCCUGGGAAAUUAAUAGGAAGGAGAGUCAAAACCUUGUGCAGGAAUCUAAGGCUUUGAUUGAAGUUGAAACCAGCAAUGGCGAUUAUCCAGAUAUAAUCCUGGUUUUAGAUAAAAGUGACACUGAGGUCUCAUUGAAACAAGAAAAAAAGGAAGUUUCUCUUAUGAAAAAAGAAAAACAAGAGCCGAGCAGUGACACUCUGGAAAUAAAGAGAAACUCUUCAUUGCCUAACCGGGAAAGUGCCCAGGUGGAAGGUUUAAGUCCACGUUCGGGACACGGCACCAGCUUCUCUAUGAGGGGUAGUUGUCACGUUGUGGAUUUACCAACAAAAUCUUCUCCAAGCACAUCUGUUAAGGAAACUGUAAGAAAACUGGUGUCGAAUUUAAGGGAGAUUCUUCUGUACUUUUUCCCUGAGUAUCAGCUACCAUCAGAAUUUGGCUACACAUCUGUCAAGGAACUUGCGGCAAGUUUUGAGCUGGAGCAAUGCCCAGAGCAGACAAACAAAAAGCUGAGAAUGUGCUUCAACCAGAUCAAGAAUGUUUACAUGGUCCAAUACGAAAGAGAACUAAAGAGAAAAAUGCAGUCCAUUAUUUAUGAUGCAAAUCGAAGAGGAGUGGCUAAUGAAAUAUCUCUGGGACAGUGUGAAGAAAAAAGAAAAAUUACUGAAGAUAAACUGAAUAAUCUUCGGGUAAAACUGACAGUACUAUUGCAGAAACUCCACCUGGGCAGUCCAGCAGGAGACCGGGAGCAGAUUGACAGGUACUUAGAAGCUUUGCUUCAAGAAGAUAAUCCCCUUUUCCAGAAUGCUUUAAAUAAAAUGACUGCAGAUGCAGGACAUGGUCUCCCUUUUGAAAGGAACAGGGAGUCAAAAUCAGAAGUCAGAAAAGAUAAUCCCUUUUAA